UCUACAACUCAUUGAAUUUUGUUUCAAGUGUUCUGACGGAUGGAAGUUUCGUUCGUUCGUUGUAUCGAUUUUUUGAGUGAACUAGUGUUCGUGUCCUUUAGUUUAGUGACGUUUGUUAGAAAAAUAUCUGUGAAUGGGAUUGUGUAAUAAGAUAAAACGUUUAUUUGGUGUGUGAUUUUCUAUAAAGGAUGACGAAGGACAGGUUAGCGGCGCUUCAAGCGGCGCAAAGCGACGACGAUGACGUCGGGCCCGACGAUGUCAACGUCGCCGUUGAAGGCGGCUUCAUGGACGAAUUCUUCAGUGAGGUGGAAGAGAUACGGGAAAUGAUAGACAAGAUACAGGCGAACGUCGAAGAGGUUAAGAAGAAGCACAGUGCCAUCCUCUCAGCACCGCAGUCAGAUGAAAAAACAAAGCACGAAUUAGAAGAUCUCAUGGCUGAUAUUAAGAAAACUGCCAACAAAGUUAGAGGAAAGUUAAAACAUAUAGAGCAGAACAUCGAGCAGGAGGAGCACUCGAACAAAUCGUCUGCGGAUCUCAGGAUAAGAAAGACGCAGCACUCGACGUUGUCACGUAAGUUCGUCGAGGUGAUGACGGAGUACAAUCGCACGCAGACCGACUACAGGGACCGCUGUAAGAACCGGAUACUGCGACAGCUCGAGAUCACCGGCCGAGCUACUACUGAUGAUGAACUCGAGGCCAUGCUUGAACAGGACAACCCCGCCGUGUUCACGCAAGGUAUAAUAAUGGAAACGCAGCAAGCGAAGCAGACGCUGGCGGACAUCGAAGCGCGGCACGCCGACAUCAUCAAGCUGGAGACUUCAAUCCGCGAGCUGCACGACAUGUUCAUGGACAUGGCCAUGCUCGUCGAGAGUCAGGGCGAACUCAUAGAUCGAAUUGAGUACCACGUCACGGAGACCACAGACUACGUAGAUUCAGGCCACAAGGAACUGGAGCGAGCCCACCACUGGGCACAGCAAGCGAGGAAGAAAAAAAUCUUCAUCAUAAUAUGCCUGUCUGUUACGCUGGUUAUAUUAAUAAUUGUACUCGCGGUCGUCCUGUCGUAAACAACGAAAGAAGAAUACGUUUUGACGAAACGAAGCGAGGGAACAAUGCAGAACAUUGCUAUUUAAUUAACAAUUACAUUUUGCAUUACUUUUCGGCUUUGAUUAUCUCACGCGGUUGCAUAACGAAAUAAUUAUUGGAAUUGUUAUGCUUACUUUUCUACUCCGUGGAUUAAUAUGUUAAAAGAAUACGCUAACACGAAAGCGUGUUGUUAACGUGGAAACAAAUAUUGCAUAAUGUAAUGUUACAUCUCUACUUGUGUGUAUGAAUUUGUAUCGUUCUAGAAUUUAGAGAAAAAAAAACAUAGAAGAAUUUCACAAAGUGAUAUCGUCUGUACAAUGACGUUUAUAAUUUGAUGAAGAAAAAAAUUAUAUCCAUUUGCAAUGCUUGUUUCCACAAUACACUGUAAUGUUACAAGCUAGGAUACAGAAAUAUAGAAAAAUAUUUUUAAUUUUCUUGAGAACAAAACCUUGUUCCUCGAAUUAACUUUUUUUUUUGCUGUUCUUACUGUCGGAAAUAAACA